CCAUGUAUUAUAUCAAGGAGAGUCCUUUCAAAUAUGUAAAAUGGAGUUGGAGUGUGUGUUUGUGUUGAUUCAAAUGAGCACUCCACUAGGGUUCAAACUGGAAAACAUAUGUAAUGGUAAUAUAACUGGUUCAAUUAGUUCUUGGAAACACUGUUACAGAGGAGAAAUUCUAUAUAGUCGUUAACCACACCUUCGUUCUGUCACUCUAUUUGGAGAGUGCAGAGUGCUGGUUUCUCUGUGCUUCCUUCUCUGUGCUUCCUGACACGUGCCAGUGCACAAGCAGGGUGUGAAUCAGCACACAUCUGAUUAGAACCCUCCGGUCUUAAGCUGCUGGACCUAGUCUCCCUUUUCCCAGUGCCUCCGCUCCCUCCUGGUCUGCGUUCAGAGUUCGAGAGGGAUGUACCAGAUGAACACCAAAACUGUGGCUGGGCUGGUGCUCAUGCUUCUGCUGCUGCUGGCGAUGCUGUUUUUCUACACCUCACCCCGAAACACCAGCAACACCUUUACGUUUGAGGACACACUAAGACCCUACACUAAGACCCUAAUGUGCAGGGAAACUGAAGGCGUCGCAACCAAGCAUCUGGUGAUCCCUGAGAGUUUGCAGGUACCGCAGCCCAGACUACCCCAGAAGAGUCGUGGUGACGUGUUGACGGUGACACCCUGGUUGGCUCCAAUCGUCUGGGAGGGAACUUUUAACCCGCUUCUAAUCGAGAACAUUUACAAACCAAAGAACAUCAGCAUUGCAGUCACUGUGUUUGCAGUUGGAAAGUACAUCAGGUUCCUGAAAGACUUCCUGGAGACAGCAGAGAAGUACUUCUUUGUCGGUUACAAGGUGCACGUUUACGUGUACACAGACCAGCCAAAUGAUGUUCCCAAAGUCAAAAUGGGCCCUAACAGACAGGUGACAGUGCGUUUAGUACCCAAUGCAAAACGUUGGCAGGAGAUCACGUCUCGCAGGUUGAACCUCAUUGAGAUGCUGAUAGAGGAGAAGCUGCGUGGCAACACAGACUACAUCUUCUGUCUGGACGUCGACUGCAAGUUCCACGGCCCCUGGGGACCCGAGUCACUGGGCGAACUGUUCGGUGCGAUUCAUCCAGGUUAUUACCAAGAUGACCGCAAAGACUUUCCCUAUGAGCGGAGACCUAUCUCCAGAGCCUACCUGGCCCCUGGGGUUGGUGACUUCUACUAUGGUGCAGCUGUAUUUGGAGGCAGCCUGGAUGAAGUAGUCCGGCUUGCCCAAGUCUGCAGCCAGAACUUUGACGCAGAUACCCGGGAUGGCAUUGAGGCUGCCUGGCAGGAGGAGAGUCACCUGAACAAGUACUUCUGGGUCAACAAGCCCACCAAGGUUCUGUCACCUGAGUACCUGUGGCAGGACUUCAAACCCAUAAAUCCUGAAAUCCACGUCAUGAGGUUCUCUGGAAUCAUCAAGAACUAUAAAGAGAUCCGACCCAACUGGGAUGAAUGAUCCCUCAGCACACAUCUGAAUGUGAAUUGCAUUUUUCUACACCCAAGCCUUAACUACAAUUCACCUGGAAGAGAACUAACUGCCUUAGCACAUUGUCACAACUGAAUCUUCCAGACUUGGGACCUCUACUGACCAUGUCUAACAUGUAGUACUUGAACAGUGAGCCAAAUAAUCUGUCCUAAAUUCAGUCUGUGUGGCUGAAGCUGCAACCAUCUCUGUACAGCCGGUAGAUGAUGAAAAAUAGUUUAAACCAGAAUUAUCCAUAUUGAUAUUGAUCCAUUAAUAAACAUAGGGAACCUGGA